UAAUUUAUUAUUGUAUAGAAUAUGUUGAAAGCAUUGCCAAAAGAACAUGUUAGUUGGGCUAGCUGGAUUAUUUUCGUCACCUUCCUUUUUAUCUUGCAGCUCAGGUUGAGAUCUAUAAAUCUCCUAGCACAGUACUGGAAUCCUCAACUCGUCAAAGUUGCUUCUUUGGGAUCAAGUACGUACCGGCAUCGCAUUGUUGAUAAAGAUGGGAGGAAUUCGAGUUUCUGGGAUUUUAGCUGUGUGUCUUCUGUUCGUUAUAGGAUCUACUGAUGCUCAGUUGCAGUUGGGUUUCUACACCAAGAACUGCCCAAAAGCGGAGAAGAUUGUGAAGAACUUUGUCGAAGAGCACAUUCGAAAUGCUCCAUCACUUGCAGCAGCACUCCUUAGAAUGCAUUUCCAUGAUUGCUUCGUCAGGGGCUGCGAUGCUUCGGUGCUUGUGAACUCAACUUCGAGCAACACAGCUGAAAAGGAUGCUACCCCAAAUCUAACACUGAGAGGGUUUGACUUCAUUGACAGAGUAAAGAGCUUAGUUGAAGCUCAAUGCCCUGGAGUAGUUUCGUGUGCUGAUGUUAUUGCUUUGGCAGCAAGGGAUUCCGUUGUAACCACAGGAGGUCCCUUUUGGAAUGUUCCAACAGGGAGAAGAGAUGGGGUGAUCUCAAAAUCGUCAGAAGCUUUAGCAAGCAUCCCAUCCCCAUUUAGCAACUUCACCACCCUCCAAACAAAUUUCGCUAAUCAGGGGCUUAAUUUGAAGGACUUGGUCUUGCUCUCUGGUGCUCACACCAUUGGUGUCUCUCAUUGCACAUCGUUUACAAAUCGUCUUUACAAUUUCACUGGAAAAGGUGAUCAAGACCCAGACUUGGACAGUGAAUAUGCAGCUAAUCUGAAGGCAAAGAAAUGCAAAAGUCUAAGUGAUAACACAACUAUAGUUGAGAUGGAUCCUGGGAGCCAUAGGACAUUCGACCUUAGCUACUACGCACUCUUGCUCAAGAGAAGGGGGCUUUUCCAAUCUGAUUCGGCUUUAACAAAAAGCUCAACCACUUACAACUAUAUCAAGCAGCUCAUUCAGGGUUCGAGUCCAAACUUCCAUGCCGAAUUUGCCAAGUCUAUGGAGAAAAUGGGUCGGAUUAAUGUUAAGACGGGUUCAUCUGGUGAGAUUAGGAAGCAUUGUGCAGUGGUGAAUAGCUAGAAACCUUUGUUCAUGUACCACACUGUCAACUUUUCCGUGUGA